AUGGAGGCGCCGCGUCGGCGGGCAGCUGACCCAGUGGCAGCUGCACUGGCAAAUCAGAUCGCGCAGCUGCUCUACCCGUCACCAGACAACUCUCUUGGUUCGCUCAUCAAGUACGAGAAAGAUAUCGUCAAGCUCCGUCGAUUGGUCAUUAGGCAGCGGAAACGUGCCAUCGAGGAUGCAACCCAGCGCAAAGAGCUGAUGAACUGGGGCAAGCGCAUCCUCAAGCAAGGUCCGUGGGACCCCGUUGCCGACCCCGUGUCACUUGACGGCGCUCCGAGCUUGCCUAUGCCAGUCAAGAUCGCAGAACAUGAGACUUUGCUACCCUUCUUCGAGCACCUUGCUCUUGGCGGUACCGAGGAGAAAGCUUCUACAGCGCGGUCCGUGGAGGACGCUGUCGAGAUCGAGGAGCCCUUCUAUGGCAUCAAGUCACUGGAGUUCGAGAAGGGCGUCAUUUACUCUGACCACCGCAUGGACCUCUGCAAAAUGGUGCUCGGUCCUCCCAAUAUCGGCGACCUCAUCGAGAGCUUGAAGACGAAUACCUUUAUUACGCACUUCCUGCUCGGCAAUAAUAUUAUCGGGCCCUAUGGUGCUAAACGCAUUGCCGAAUUCGUCAAGGAGUUCCCGAACCGCAUGGAUACCUGGUAUCUUGCUGGAAAUUGCAUUGACACUGCUAGCUUCAAGCUCCUGGUCGACGGGUGGGUGCAAUCCACUUCGGUCACAAAUAUCUGGCUGAAGCGGAAUCCCUUGAUGCCAGCUGCAGCAGACCACCUGUUCCGGCUGAUCACCCAGACGACCAACCUUCGGACCCUGGACCUCGACCAGACCGAGCUUGGUGACACUGGGGUUGCCGAACUCUUCGACAAACUCGCACAACAUGUGCCUGCCAAGCCUGUGUCUCUUCGGCAUAUCUACUUGAAUGCUGUCGGCAUCGGUGUCAAGGCUGCAACCGCGAUCGGCGCGUAUCUGGCUUCGCCUUAUUGCACGCUAGAUGCCCUGUAUGCUACUAACAAUCCGAUGGGCAGUGCUGGUGUGACCGCUCUUGCAGCUGGGCUGAAGAAGAAUAAGACUUUGUCCCGACUUACGCUCGCUUCCGUCGGUCUGACCGACGAAGGCGCCAUCGCCCUUUGCGAGGCUCUCUACGACCACCCGAAUGUAGCUACACUAGAUAUGGGUCAACAUUUUGCAACCCAAGACCUCGGCUCUAGGUACAACUGGAUCACCGGCCGCUCCGCCUUCGCCGUCCACAACCUGGUCGCGUCCUCCGCACGCCUCUCGUACCUCAACCUCGGCCAGUGCGCUAUGUCGAACUCCGGCCUCAAUGAGAUCCUCCCCGCCGUAACUGACUCCGGCACCCUCCUAUUCUACAACGCGAAAACCAUCUGGCCGCAGGAGAAGGCACCGGCGGCGGUGAAAGCUGGCCAAGAGCACGUGCACCUCCUCCAGAACGUGAACGCUACCCUCACGGCGAACGUCAAGCGCGUCUACGGCGAGGAUAUGAGCUAUAAAGUCUUCAUGGAGGAGGAGAAGCGCUGGUUGGUGAACGACAAGACCGACACUCGCAAGAUCGACUCAGUGUAUCGGAAUCGCGAUGCUGGGCUUGCUCGUCGGGGCCUUAUGAAGUUGAAUAAGUGGUGGGAUGAGGACGAUGAUACCCUUGAGGAGGUCAUGAAGGGCGCUGUUGGGCCUGUCUGCACGCGUAAAGCAAAGGUGGAAGGCGCGGUUGGCCCGGUCUGCACCAAGCGCCAGUCUCAUGCCGAGCUUUGA